AUGUCGAAGCUUGCAGGACAGCUGACAUCAACAGAGCUACUGAAGAAGCAGUUUACCGGCUCCAAGAUUCUCUUCCACCUACUGUUCUGGGGAGCACAUCUCGGCACAUUCGCGUAUGGAUGGUGGAAACAAGCCUCAGAUUCUCGAUUAGAACCUUUGAACGUGACCCUGAACUUGUCGAUAUGGAUAUCCCGAGGUGCCGGUCUUGUCCUAAGCUGGGAUACGACCUUGAUCCUUCUGCCUGUCUGCCGCACUAUCCUCCGAUGGUUCCGGCCCAGAAUCAAGUUCCUGCCACUUGACGAAAAUGUGUGGUUCCACAGACAGGUCGCGUAUGCGAUGCUGAUUUUCACCAUCAUUCACACGGCAGGGCACUACGUAAACUUUUUUAAUAUUGAAAAAACCCAGAUUCGACCUGUCACAGCCGUCGGUAUCCACUAUAAGGACCCGGGUGGUAUUACAGGUCAUAUCAUGCUGCUAUGUUUAUACACCCACGCGGUCGGUUGCUUUGUUCGUGAUACGCCUGAGCCUUUCUCUCCAUUCUCCGGCAAGGAUUAUUACGACCAUUGUCUUGGUUACCUAGGUUGGCGCUGGGAGCUGGUCGCUGGCGGCCUCUACUUUGUGGAGAGAAUAUACCGAGAGAUGCGUGCAAUGAGGGAGACCAGAAUCACAAGAGUUUUCAGACAUCCAUAUAACGUCGUGGAAAUCCAAUUUGUCAAGCCUUCUUUCAAGUAUAAGCCCGGCCAAUGGCUCUUCUUGCAAGUUCCCUCAAUUUCCCGGUAUCAAUGGCAUCCCUUCACAAUCACCUCUUGUCCCUUCGAUCCGUAUGUUUCGGUACAUGUCCGACAGAUUGGCGACUUCACGAGAGUUUUAGGUGAUGCUGUUGGUGCAGGCCAGGCUCAAUCUGAGCUUUACGCGGAUAGCGUCCCAGAUCCGAAGGCCAUAUACGAAAUCGCAUUGCAGAAUGGCCAGCAAAUGCCACUUCUCAGAAUUGACGGUCCUUAUGGUGCACCAGCUGAAGACGUUCUCGAGAAUGAAAUCGCGAUUCUGAUCGGAAUGGGAAUCGGCAUGACACCGUGGGCUUCUGUCCUCAAGAACAUCUGGCACUUACGGAACGGGCGAGUUUCAGCAAUACGGCUGCGGCGAGUUGAAUUCAUCUGGAUUUGUAAAGAUACCGCGGCAUUCGAAUGGUUCCACCCGCUCCUGAGCUCCCUCGAAGACCUGACCGUUAAGGAGGCUGCAGCUUCACCUGAAAAUUCUGCCCAGGAAUUCCUCAGGAUUCACACUUACCUCACUCAGAAGCUUGAUGAUGACAUGGCCCAAAACGUGGUUCUGAACAGUGUGGGUUCCAAAGUCGAUCCAUUGACGAAGCUAAAGGCCGGUACCAACUUCGGCCGGCCCGAUUUUCCCAAGUUGUUCCAGCAUGUGCGUGAUCAGAUUGAUGAUGGCACGUACCUUCCUGGACUCGAAAGGAGUAUUCAGGCUACAGUUGGAGUGUACUUUUGUGGACCAGCAGCGGCCGCUCGCGAGAUUAAGAGCGCUUGCAGAAAUGUUAGCACCCAGGAUGUGAAAUUCAAGUUUUGGAAAGAACACUUUUGA